UUCCGGUGCCUUCUGCAGAGAGGCAGCCCCCAGCAUGCUGGGGAUGCUGUGCUGCUGAUGGGAAGGAAACAAAAAUGAGGGCUUCCACCAGUAAACUGCAGCAGCUCGCCAUCUUCACAACCAUACUGACUGGUGGAGGGACUGGCACCAUGUACUAUCUGCUGCAGAAGAAAUUCAGUGAGUCAGACUAUCACAGACUGGCACUGCAGAAGUUGGAAGCAUGUUCAAUUGCCAUGGAAAGCCUAGGGGCCCCACCUUUAAGAGUCCACAACAUCCACCUGACUGACAGAAACAACCGUGUGGAUCAGCACACUGCACAGAUAAAGAUCCCUGUGACUGGGUCAAAAACUGGAGGUUAUCUGUAUACUUCUUCUGUUAGAGAUCCUAAUACCAACAGCAGGUGGAGUCUGAAGCAGGCCUUUCUGAAACUUCGGGAAGGACAGAUCAUCGACCUGCUGAAUCCUCCUCCACCAGCUGCAGCGCAGAGCCAGACAGCGGAGCACACACAGGAGCUAGAUACAGGCUCCUGGCACUUACCUAUCUAUAGUAAUGUGAACAAUGACAGUAGAUGUUGACCUUCUGCAGCUGGUGCUGAGGAGAGAUCUAACCACAAGACCAUAGAGGUACAUUCACCAAUGGCAAAUUGUCAACUCCAGUAUCAAUUUGAAGAGAGAACAGUUCCACACAGCUCUGCUUUGUGUGGUUGUGUUGCAUUUCCAGGUUGGGGUUUAAACAAAUAAUGUGGUACAGUCAUGUUGUUAGAGGAACUGACUGUUGUGUUGUUCUGUUAAGUCAUCCCUGGACUUUUUCUUUUAAGACAUGUUCAAACAACAGCAUUUCGCACAUUCAGACCAAAGUGUAUUGACACGUAUAAAGGAGUAUUUCACCUUCUACGAGUUACCUUCUUGUUACAGCCAUCAAUCUACAUUUUUCAGAGUGGGAGAGAGAGAGCAAAAGAUUUCUCUGUGUGUGUCUAUAUGACUUCCUUUGGUUGUGUGAACAAAUUCUCAUUAAAAGCCAUCAUUGUGAGGAAUUUGGCUUCAAAGUGUUGAGUGAUAGUCACAAUUUGUUUUGAGGGUUCAGGCUAGAAUCAGGUUUAUAUAAGAGUUAGGGUAAAAGUUGGUGUCCUCACAGAGAUACUUGUAGAGACGUGUGUGUAUGUGUGUGCAGCAUGCAAACCGGAUGGAUCACAGAGCAGGGUACAAACCUCACUGACUUCAUUUACCACAACUUCCUGCUUCCUGUGCAGAUUUAGAUGAAGGGAUUGUAGUCAUUAGUCAGACUCAGAAGACAUUUCUGUGACCCUCUUGUUAUUACACAGAAUCAUACAUUUGAUUUUAAAAAGGUUUAUUGUGGUGAUGGAGGGCUAUAAGUAUUUGUGUGUUAACUUGAAUUUCACAUGCAAAACAGCAAAAGCAUUUUGCCACCUGUGGUGUGCUCCUGAGAGUAUUCAUUCAUUAAGGAGAUCUUCUAAAGGAAAUAUAUUAUCCAGAAACUCCUCACACAAGAGAGCAGAAAACUUUGUUUACACUCCAAACAUAGUUUCAGAUACUACAAACAAAAUGACAUCACUUCAUCUAAAAGGAUCUGUUCUGAAACAGAAAAACUGGCAGUUUGUCAUUUGCACAUUAAAAUUAAUUGAAUGUAUUCGCAAAGCACAUGGUUAUAUAUACGUACAGUAUAUAUACUGUAUAAAUUUUAUUAUGUUUAUGAUCUAAAUGUGUUUUUUGAUGACUGAACUCUGUGAUAAACACUGAUCAUGCAUUUAAAAUCUGAGAGAUUUUAUGUUCAUAUACAACCGCAAAUCAGAAAAGGUUGGGACGGUAUGUAGAAUCUAAAUUAAAACU